AACACGUACUAUUGUUUUUAUCUUGAGUAUUUAGUCCUGUAUCUAAAUAUUUAAUAGCUUCAUUGAUAUUAAAAAACACAGUUGUAGAAUAAAAAAGUGUGGUGCAAAGGUCACCAUCAUUGCUUGUGCUCUGAUCUUGAACAAAUUAAUUCAAUCAUCCCAAAAUCAAAUAAUUAUAAAAUGUCUUUAAAAUUAUAUUGUGAUCUUAUGUCGCAACCCUCAAGGGCUUUAUACAUAUUAUUGAAAUCAAUUAAGUGUGAUUUUGAGGUGAAAUUCGUUAAUUUACGUGAAGCUGAACACUAUUCGGAAGAGUUUAGUGAAAUUAAUAGGUUUCAGCGGGUUCCAGUGAUAGAUCACAAUGGAUUUAUUUUAACUGAAAGUGUUGCCAUUCUCAAGUACCUGUCCAGAGAGAAUAUUAUACCAGAGAGUUUGUACCCAAAGGAGUCUAAAGCUCAGGCUCGAGUGGAAGAGUUUCUGGAGUGGCAACAUGCUGGAUUAAGGCUGCACUGUGCCAUGUACUUUAGAGUUAAAUAUUUAAACCCAAUAAUGUUUGGGAAGCCAGUGGAUGCCAAGAGUUUGGUUGGGUAUGAAAGCCGCAUGGUGUCUGCACUGACUGAUUUCAACACCAAAUGGCUUGGUAGAGGCACCGAUUUUAUAAAUGGCAACACUCCCACUGUUGCCGACUUGUUAGCCGCUUGUGAAUUGGAACAGCCCCGAAUGAGUGGUUAUGAUCCCUGUGAGAAUUUUGCGAACAUUGCAGUAUGGUUUAAGAAAGUUCGAGAACAUUUCAACCCCUACUAUGACGAGGGAAACGUGAUAGUCAACAAAAUAAUUAAGAAAAAUUCUAAAGUAGCUUCUAAGGUUUAAAAUAAAAUAUUGGCACUAAGUAAAUAUGUAUACUGUCCUUAUUACAGUCUUUUUAAAGAGUACUUUAAUUAAAAUAAUAAGAAUACAAUUUAUGAUAAUGAAAUAUUAAAACUAAGUAUCAAAAUAUUCAUCCGCAUCGCUGUCAGCGGGGAUCGAUAUUACAGUGAUUUAUAAAAUUAUAAAAGACAGACGCAUUUAUAUUUCCACUUCUAUGACAUUUACAAUAAUUUUAAUAUAACGAUUUUACUGUUAAGUGUAAUUUUCAUUUAAUCAAUUGUUGAAGGUGUUUUCAUACUGUGCGUUUCAGUCAGUUUUUUUCUUAAACUAUUAUUAUAUGAAGAACUCAGGUGCUUAGAAUUUUACUCAUAGUUUAAUGGCACAAAGUGCAUUCUUAUUUUUAUGGGGAUAUCUAAAACUUUGGUACGAAUUUGUGAUGGUUUUUGAUAUUAGUGCAAUAAAAUUUUAUGCCAUUUCUUUAAAAA